GCAGGGAUCAGGGAAACCCCUGGGGGAUCCAGCAAACACUCGGAGCUGAUUGUAGUGUGAAACGCGGGAGGCUGAAUGGAGAGGGAGCGAUCGCUUUUCUGUUCUUACUAGUUAGUUCAACGGAGGCGGGACUACAGCUCCCAGCAUGCCCUGCCGGCCCUGGGUUUCGGAUCCCUGUUAUGGAGUAGCGGAGUGGUGUAUCAGUAAAUCUGGGGACAAAGGGGCAUCUGGUUGCUAGGGGCUGAUUACCUUAGCAACCAAUAAUGUUUUAUUUUCUUUCUCUGAACAUAUGUGCAUGGAAAUAAGUGCCCUUGGGGGAAUGUCACAUGGGGAUAAUUCUUUAUUUUGUCAGCAGUUUCCUUAUGGAAUAGCUGUGCCAACAAAAGUACAACUGCCAGGAGUCGGCUGGAUCUGUUGGGCACCAUGUUCUGCUUAGCCCUUCUGUACAAGGAAGGGGCAUUGGCCAACUGGGCAGCAUCUAUAUACAGACCCCUUUUCAUUAGUCCUAUGGUUCUCAACUCAUAUAUAGAUAGAUAGUAUAUAAAUAAACGUGUUAUAGAUUAACAGGCCCAGACCAUAGGUUGGACCUCAAUGGUAAGGGGGCUCGUACCAAAUCUGAAAAGUGGGAAAACCAUCGUAUUGGGCAGUAUUCAGCAUCCAGAGCGCUGCAGUAGUAUAUGUGCUCCCUCUAUUGCCUGGACAGGGAUUAAUGAGCGCACUUUCCUGGCCAUCAAGCCUGAUGGGUACCAAAGGCGACUGAUUGGCGAGAUCAUACGCCGCUUUGAGAAAAAGGGAUUCCAUCUGGUGGCGAUGAAGAUAAUGCAGGCCUCGGAGCAACUGCUCAAGCAGCAUUACAUUGCUCUGCAGGACAAGCCCUUCUAUGACCGUCUAGUGAAGUACAUGGGUUCCGGACCAGUGGUUGCUAUGGUGUGGCAGGGCUUGGAUGUGGUUAAGACUGCCCGUCUAAUGAUUGGGGAGACAAACCCAGCUCACUCUUUGCCAGGCACAAUCCGAGGGGAUUUCUGUGUAGAUGUCGGCAGGAACGUUAUACACGGCAGUGACUCCAGGGAGAGCGCCCAGCGAGAGAUCGCUCUUUGGUUCCAACCCGAUGAGCUUGUCUGCUGGCAGGACAGCACAGAGAGCUGGAUAUAUGAAUAAGGAGCCGCCCUACCAUGUUCCAGUGCAGUCACUUCAGGCAUUGAGGCUGUGCCCGGCUGGCGCUACAAGCUGUGUUUGGGAGCAUCCCAGGAAUUCCGUCCAAGAGAGAAGCAUUAGUGGAGGAUGCAGUUUCGCUCUAACAAAUUGGCACUUUCACAGAUUCUACAUGCAGUAACCCCUUCUUUUAGAAAAUUGAUGUCACUUUUUAUGCUUUAAAAUAGAAUUAUUGGGAAGUAAUGGUGACUUUUUUACUUAUAAGACUCACGUAGGUGCCAGUGAAGGGAUGCAGCUGGCCGGGCUGUAACUGCCCAUCAGGAUACAGACUGUCACUUAUUGUAACCACUCGUAUGUCUCUAAGCUGCAGGGGCCUAUGCAAAUGCACUGUUAUAUGGGUUUGGCAAUAGUCGGAAUGGACUGGAUGUGUGUUCUGAUUCAUAUUCACAGGAUAUCAUAACCAUGUGUUAAGGGUAUUUUGGGUAAAAUCAUGGUAAAGGCUACAUGGGAGAGAAUGGGCACAAGGUGGGAGCAUCUUGGGGUCGAGUUGUAGCCUGUAUGGUGGUAAUUUGUAUAAAUUAGGCAUUGGAAAUAACAAAUUGUACAUUAAAAAGCUAGUGCUAUUCUGAAUGUAUAAGAAGGGGUUAAUGCCUAGGGGAAUCUGGAAGCUUUUCUAUCUUUUUAAAAUAAACUAAAAAAAAGCCACAAAAAA